AUGGAACCCAGGAAUCUGUUCCGAGUAACUGAAUUUAUCCUAUUAGGAAUUCCUUUUCUGUAUGACUUUCACCAAGUCUUCUUUGUGCUGGGUCUGUUUGUGUACAUUGUAACCAUCCUUGGGAAUGGCUUCAUCCUCAUCAUCGUCACAAUUGGGCCAAGACUUCAGACACUGAUGUACAUCUUCCUGAGCAACCUUGCUUUCCUGGAGAUUUGCUAUACCUCCACUGUGGUGCCCAAAUUACUACAGACUUUUAUACAAACCAAGACCAUCAUCUGCUUCCACUGUUGCCUUACUCAAGGAUUUUUUCAUUUCUUUUUCGGUAGUACAGAACUUUUCAUCCUGACAGCAAUGGCGUUUGACCGCUAUCUGGCAAUCUGCAAGCCCCUUCAGUAUCCCAUCUUGAUGUCCAAGCACAUGUGCCUUCAUAUGUCUUUGGCCACCUGGUAUGCUUCCCCUGUGAUUUUUAUUUUAUUUUUUUUAAUCAUUUGGAGACUGCUGUUCUGUGGGCCCAAUAUUGUGGACAGUUUCUUCUGCGAUAUUGGUCCUCUGUUGAACCUAGCCUGUGCAGAUACCCAUUUCAUUUUGUCUCUUUUUCUGUUGUACGCUUUUGUAAUCAUGAUUAUGACCUUGUUUCUCAUGCUUGUGUCCUAUAUUUUCAUCAUUGCCACCAUCCUACGUAUCCCCUCUGCCGUGGGGCGGAAAAAGGCCUUCUCCACCUGCACAUCUCACCUGGUGGUGGUGUCCAUAUUGUACGGAGCUCUUGUGUACAUGUAUGUGAGGCCCAAUGUCCAGUCUUCAUUCUACUUGUCAAGGACUGUGGCAAUCUUGAACACCACUCUUACCCCAAUGAUGAAUCCUUUCAUAUACACAAUUAGAAAUGCUGAAGUCAAAAAAGCUGUCCAGAAUGCAAUCCAUAAAAUGAAAGGGACCUGA